AUGAAAUCGGGGUUCCGCAUCGCCCGAGCCAGGAAUCCCAUCAUAUGCUGCUGCCGCCGCUCGGUGCUCUGCAGCCGAAGCUCCAUCUGGUGCAGGUACGCUCGCGUGAUCUGCUGCUGCUGCCGGAGCUUGACGAGCUCUGUUAGUAAAACUUGCCUAUCGCGCCUCAGGGUAUCGGCCUCCGCGUCAGAUCCGAACCGCCCGAGCUCAACGCACGGGACGGUGGGCUGGCGCUGGGACGGAGGAGGGGGAGGCGACGCCGGAGAAGCAGGUGCGGGUGCUGGUGGUAAAUUGCUUUUGGCCUUUGAGGAAGGACUCGUUUGCGAAUUCCCAUUUGUCCGGGUCGAUUUUUCUGAAGCCCUGCAAAAUGCCUUUUUGGUGAGGGCCUCUGUUGGAAUUUUUGAUCACUGUGUAUCUUCGAGAAGAACCUUCGAGAAAGAGGGGGAGAGACUGUGUGUAAAAGGACUAACAGUACAAAUUCAGAGAGUACGAGGAAUUUUAAGUGAUGAAAAUUGGAAAAGGGGGCUAUUGAAUUUCUUGAGUGGGUGGAAAAUAGAAGUUCAAGAAAAGCAGAGGAGUGUGGAGUUUUUGCAGUUUUUUGCAGUUGGGGAAUGUGAACAGAGUGGGAAAGUUGGGAUCCAAACGGUGCUUUAUAGGGGCAAAUUGUUACUGUUGUUUCCUUUGGGAUAUGGUUUUGAAGAUUACGACCUUAACACGCCGAUGCAAAUCAUCUCAGUCUCUUCGCCUCCCGGCCUCAACUUGUUAUGCUCAUCUCAGUCUCUUCGCCUCCCGGCCUCAACUUGUUAUGCUCCUCCUUCGCGCUCUGCUAGUCUGUCAGCGGAGGCAAAAUAUCCCAGGGCACCUUCGCAUUCGGCGGCGGAUGAGUGCUUGGGCGACGAAUGA